AUGACCGUCAUGAUUGUAACUGUGUGCUUGAUACUGCUAAGUCUGUCGUGGUCAACACACGCAAUCAGUCUAAAUUCAGAUCCAUGCGCAAAAGAUGUUCUUUGUGGGUACGAUCUGAAAAUGACGCCGCCGAUCAAAGCGCUUAUAAUUCUAUCUCCCUGUGGACUAACUUUUUUCGGUUUCUGGGUCUUCAAGCGCCUCUUCAUACUCAUCAAACAUCGUGCGCCUUUUGUCAAAGUGGAGAAACACCCACACCAAUUCAACAUAACUGAAGCUGAAGGGGAAGUGGAUGAAAUGGGUACAAGGGACCGUAACGAGGUGAGAGAUGAGGUAGAGCGUCAAGUGAAGGCAGAAGAGGGGAGAAAUCGUAUGCGAGAGGGUAAAGUAGCUGAAGAACAUGAAGGUUUUGAUGGAAGCUUUGAUAAUGAGGGAGAAGCUAUUGAUGAGAUACUCUACGCCAACACUGAUGAUAUCCAUCAAGAGAAUAUCCCGCUGGUUACUUUCAAAGAUGAGAAACAACACAGUUUCAAUAUGCAGCCGCUCGAUCGAUUCAAUAUGGGCAGACCACAUCCAAUACGACUAGCCACUCUCAGCUAG